AUGGUGAAUGAAUACCCAACUAAAGAAAUGUUUUCAAAGGUCAGCCAGUCAGCAACUUCCACAUUAAGAUAUACUAGCAGGAAAUGUGCUGGUUGGGUACCAGAAGCAAUUGUCCAACUGUCCGAAAAAGACAAAGAAAAUCAGGAAAGCCUGGCUAUCAGAUGCUUCGAAGAAACACAGCAGCAGCAGCAUGAGGCUGAAACCGUUACUGGAGUGAUAUGGCCUUGA